UGACAACUUGCAUGCUAUGUGGGAGUGUUUACAGAAGUUCUGCCUCUGCCAGUGAUGAUUUAAAGAGUAACAUCUCAUGUUUAAUGUGUGGUUCCUGCCUCCCGCAUGAAGAUAUCCAGCAGAAGGAAAUUGAAAAAAAUAAAGACAACCGAAAAUUCAAGUGUGAAGAGUGUGGAAAAUCUUUUAAAUUUAAACAUCAUUUAAAAGAACACUUUCGGAUACAUAGUGGUGAAAAACCAUAUGAAUGUUCAAAAUGCAAAAGACGAUUCUCACACUCUGGAUCUUACAGUUCCCAUCUUAACAAUAAAAGGUGUUUUCCUGUUGACCAUGUAAAUACAGUACAUACCCCUGUUCUAGGUCUUCCUCAAGACAGAUAUCCCAAGGGUAAAAAUCAAAAUCAUCAGGAAAAUCCACCAAGUCCCCAUGAUAAUAGUCAUAGAAACUGGUUACUAUACAGUCAAGUAGCAGGAGCCCUUGCAAAACAACAAGUAGCCUGGUUAGGACAUGAUUUAAGUCAUAUUUAUAGGUCUGUUGAAAGGUUGCCCAUUGAAAUGAGAAUUAGUCCCUUGAAGCAGACAUCAGACAACUGGUACCUGGGCAACGGUUGGUGGAGUAGUCUGCAGCCAGUUGAGGUUAGUGCUAAUAGCUGGUCAGGAGAUGAUGUAAGAAUGCUUGGUGCUCCAUUUCCAGUCUCAUCACUAAGAACUAUUAGUACUCAAUGUGAAAGCUACGCUCCAGAAACAUUGGACUAUAAACAGCAGUAUCAAGAAUCUUCAGUGAAAGAGGAUUCUUUUUUAACAGGUUUAUGUCACGGUGGGUUGCGUAAUGACAAAAUAUCAGAGACAGUAGAAAACAGUGUAAUUACAUCCUCUAAGGAUUCUGAGGGAAAAUGCUGGAAAAGAGACUUAUAUGUUAGAACAACAGAUACAAUCAAGAAAAGACCAAAGUCAAAUGGUUUAUAUCAAUCUUCAUCACCAGAUGCUUCAACAAAUUUAAAACGUUCUGGCAAUGAACUUAAAUAUGCAGGUCACACACUUCCAAUGGUGAUGUGUGACCUUGAAAAGCAAAUGUUUCCAACUCACAGAGGCGUAGCUUAUUCACCAACAAGUUCUGUAUCUAGAGAGCCUCAAAUGGAACCACUAGAUUUGUCAUUACCAAAACUGGGCACUACCAUUUCUCAAGCCAAAGUGUACCAAGACACAGUUUGCUCAUUUAAGAACAGUACACUGUAUAAUCAAAAGUAUUUUUCAAUGAUGACAUAUGAGGAUCCUCAAACUAACUCAGCCAAUGUCCAAUACAUUUUACCCAGUGUCCUCCACAGUUUGAUUCCAAGCCAUCCCCCAAUAAUCCAAAUGAACCCCCAUGAUAUCAAUGGACUGCACCUGUUUCCUUUUGUGAAUUGUUUUUAUGACCAAAAAAAAUCAGUAGAACUAUCAACAAAGGAAAAUACAAGGUCAGAGAGAGGUCCCUUUAAAACUGUUUCGGAGGAGGGUGAAAAUGGUGCAAUAAAGAAAAAAUUAAACAAGACGGACGCUGGACUAUAUGCUUGUGAUCAGUGUACUAAAACAUUCCAAAAGAGUAGCUCUUUAUUAAGACACAAAUAUGAACAUACAGGAAGUAGACCACACCAGUGUGAAGUCUGCAGCAAGGCUUUCAAGCAUAAGCAUCAUCUCAUUGAGCACAUGCGUCUGCACUCGGGAGAGAAGCCUUACCGAUGUGACAAGUGCGGCAAGAGGUUCUCCCAUUCAGGAUCCUUUUCACAGCACAUGAACCAUCGUUAUUCUUACUGCCAAAAGGACCUCACACAGAUGUGUGAGAAGGACAAAGAGACUUGGGGAACAAAAGCUAUUUCCCAUCAGUCAGCAGAGCUCCUGGAGACCUCCAUAGAAUAG